CACAGUGGUGGAGUCAGAUCAGUUUCUCCUCCUCUCUGCAGGACGAGCCUCUCCUCAUCACUCCUCUCUCCUCUGAGCCUCGGACACGGAGAACAUGGGAUUCUAACCUGAACACGCGACAUGAAGACACAUUACUAGUUUUUUUGUUUUAUAUCACUUCUCUCAUCGGCGCCUGGAACCAGUUCACACCUUCGCACUGGAUGCUGAGAUGCGCAGAAAGUGAAAGCUCCUCAUCUCUUCUCCAGACCUCACCCAGUUAUAAAACGCCAUGAAAGACGACUUUGCAGACGAGGAGGAAGUACAGUCUUUUGGAUACAAGCGGUUCGGCAUCCAGGAGGGCACCCAGUGCACCAAGUGUAAGAAUGAAUGGGCGCUGAAGACCUCCAUCGCUCUGCUCUAUGUGCUGUGUACCCUCCUCACCAUCGCUGUCGCUGCGCUGGGAUAUAAAGGAGAGAAACAUGGUGCAAAGAGUCGACAGCGUGUCUGAAGGUAUCGCAAACUAUGGAGGGAAGAUAGUGGCUGUUGAGACUGAUUUGAAAAAGCUCGACGAUCAAACAGGAGAGAAGUCGGAGAACACCACCACAGAGAUCCAGACUUUUAAGAACAACAUCUGGACCCUUCAGAGGCAGCUUGCUGCAGUGGAGGAACACAUCCACAGCGAUCAAGUUAAGCUGAGUCAGCUGCAGAACAUUGGCUCAGACAUCCAGAGCACCCAGGGCUCCAUCCAGGGCGUGCAAGUGAGCAACACAGCUACCUUACGCUCUGUAAAUGGCACCCUGCAGUCUUACGGCAGCAUCAUUGAGGGUCUGCAGGAAGACACGGCCCAGCUGGAGACAGAACUGCACCAGCAGGUGAGGCUCCAGAACCAGGCGCUGUUCAGCAUCGGCAAACUUAACCUCACCCAGGCCCAGCAGAGAGGCCUCAUCGGCGCUCUGCAGCGCUCAGUGGAUGACACCAGCCAGGCCAUCCAGAAAAUGCGCAGUGACUUUCAAAACCUUGAGCAGACAAGCCGACAGACUCGCUCUGACACCGAGUGGCUUCGAGGUAAAGUGGAAAAAUUGGAAACCUUGGCCAGCAAUGCCUCGACUCUGGCCAGGGCCAACAACGAUGGCCUCGAGGAUGUGGGAUCACAGCUCACUUUUAUGGCCAACCAGCUCCAGAACACCAGCAGCCUGGCUGAAGCUCAUGACCAGACCUUGAGGGGGAUUAUGGAUCAGCAGAGGGACUUCAGCAACCUCACGUCCUCCAAGUUUGACCGGCUGGAGGUUCGCCUGGAUGAGUCCGAGCAGAGUAUGGACCGCGUGACCGGCAAUAUCAGCUUCACCACGCAGCUCUUGGGCGCCAUCAACCUGAACCUGAACGACUUACGCUCUUGUUCCGAGACAGUCGGCCGUCACUCUGACUUCUUGUUAAACCUCAACAAUAGCGUGACAGACGUGAGGACAGAUGCAUCAGGUCUGAAGUCACAGCAGGAAGAGCUGGCAGCCCGUGUGGACAAGGAGGUCACCGACCUCUCUAUUGUCAUGGAGGAGAUGAAACUGGUGGACACCAAGCACUCGCAACUAAUAACCAACUUCACUAUUUUACAGGGUCCCCCUGGUCCCAGAGGGCCAAGAGGGGACAAAGGAUCUCAGGGGUCAUCUGGUCAGCCUGGCCAAAAAGGAGAGAAAGGGGAAAAGGGUGGUUCAGGGAUACAAGGACCCAAAGGAGAGAAGGGUUUUCCAGGAUUACCGGGUCCUCCAGGGAUAAGAGGUCUACCAGGCCAAACUGGCAACCCUGGGUCCAAGGGCUCCCGGGGGUCAGGAGGCCGGGCUGGUCCUCCCGGAGGUAAAGGCGAGCCAGGUUCUGCCGGUUUGCCUGGAAGAGAUGGACAGUCUGGCCCACAGGGGGCACAGGGCCCACCAGGUAUCAGAGGCUCAGUGGGACCAGCUGGGGAGCAAGGGCCAAGGGGCCUGCCCGGACCACUGGGGCCUCAGGGGCCAGCAGGGCCACCGGGAAAUCCAGGGAUCCCAUUCCGGGUUCCAUUAAUUCCCGUGUCUUUGCAGGAUGAGGCAGUAGCUCCUACGCUAUGGGCCCCCGGAUGCCCGGCCGAGUGGGUAAACUACAGAGACAAGUGCUACUUUUUCUCCAAAGACCUGCACAGUUUCGAUGAUGCGAGAGCGACGUGCAAAUCCAAAUCUGCUUCGCUGCUGAUCAUCAGCGACAUGGAGGAACAGACUUGGCUACAGAAGCAGGCAUUUGGAAAAGGUUAUUUCUGGAUGGGUCUGACCGACAGGGAGGAGGAGAACGUGUGGCGCUGGUUGGACGGGACUCAACCUGCUUUCACGAAGUGGAAGACAGGUCAGCCUGACAACUGGGGCCACGGGCAUGAAACGGGAGAAGACUGUGCGGGGCUCAUCCAUGAAGGGUUAUGGAACGAUUUCCUCUGUGAAGAUCUCAUAAGCUUCAUCUGUGAGAAGGAAGCGGAGGCUCUUCUUCUACGAUCACCCGGAUCAUAGCGAUGUCUUGAAAGCGAGCUUGCAGUGAGCAGCUAGACUUCCCCUGUGUAGAACAGGUCCACGGACGCAGCUCAUGGAGAGAGUCCUUACGGAGAGAGCAGAGGGACAAAUUUAAAAUGAGCCUGGGGCUGCAGCGGAAUAAUGUCUCUCCAACACUGAAGAGAUGCCUUUCUCCUCCAGAGUGAAAACCAGUCCAACUUUACCAGCAAGUGCAAUACAGCAGGGCGACCACAGACGGAGGAGACUUUUUAUUUUUUCAAAUUACCAAAUCAUCAAUAUAUAUAUUGACAAUUUGGUAAUUAUAUUUUUUAUGGUUAUUUGAGAUACAUUCAAUAAAACUGUAUUCUAUGAGCAACUGAGUAUCUGAAUGUAUAUAUCAUUAUGCAACUUUUGUAGGAAAACAAAUUCUAUGAAGCCAAAUGGACUUAACCGUCGUGCUUUAUAUAGCAUGUGUUGUCUUAAAGAGAAUAUAAAAAGGUACAAGUACAUGUUGCUGAUAUGCUAUCUUUGAGGAACUGGUAUCUAACCUCACGAAUGUCUAUAUAGCAUUUUCAUUUAUAUGAGUACGAAUAAAUGAAGUAUUUACACAUAAACAGAAAAAAAAGUCCAAAUCAAAUGUUACAGUUUAAUACUCUGUGUAUGAUGAUGCAGUAUUUUGUGAUUAUGAGAUUUAUUUUUCCUUACUACAGACAUAUGUAUGUUUAUAUAUAUAUAUAUAUAUUUGAGAAUCUGUGGAUCCUACCUACAAAUAGAAAAUGUACCAUUUUCUGCCCUCAGGUAUUUUCCUGUUUUAAAAAAACAACAAAAACAUUUGAUUUUAAAUACUACGCAAGAUGAAGGAAACACUCAAAAAUAAAUAUGUAAAACCCGA